CCCUCUUCUGUUCAGCGCACGACCUGCCGCUGCCGAGUGAGAUUCCGAAAAGGACUGCGGUGACACUGAGAGGGCACAAAAAUGUCCUCAAGCAGCCGGCGACAUCUCCUUUUUAUGCUUCUGUUUGGACAGGUUUGGUCCAUUUUCUCUGUGCAAGAAAUACAAAUGGAUCUUGACACCAUUAUGAAGAUCAAUGCUGCAGGAGAAAUGAUGCAGUGCUCUGCAGCCAUGGAUAUCCUCUUUGUGAUGGAUAGUUCGUACAGCGUUGGAAAAGGAGGAUUUGAGAGAUCCCGACACUACAUGUUGAAGCUGUGUGAGGCUCUCGAUGUCCGCCGAGACAAGGUGAGAGUUGGAGUGGUUCAGUUUGGUUCCACACCCAAACUGGAAGUCAGUCUAGACUCCUACAAAACCAAGGAGGAGCUGAAAAAAAAGCUGAAGAAAAUCCACUAUAGAGGUGGAAGCACGCAGACAGGUCUGGCUCUGAAGUUUGUUUUGAGGAAGGGGUUUUCCGGUGGACGUAAUUCCUCGGUGCCACAAGUUGUCGUCCUGUUAUCUGACGGAAAGUCCCAGGGGGCCGUGCAGCUGCCUGCCUCUGAGCUCAAGCUGUCUGGAGUGAUUCUGUUUGCUGUGGGGAUUCGCUACCCCAGAUGGGAUGAGCUCUGUGAAUUGGCGAGUGGCCCAUCGGACUCUCACGUGUUUUUCGCAGAGCACUUCAGUGAUGCUGUGAAUGGAUUAUUCACCAGCCUCAGCACCUCCUCCGUCUGCACCUCAGUUCCUUCAGGCUGUAAGGUGGAGUCGUACCCAUGUGUGCAGAAAACCCUGGAGACGGUCAAACAGCUUCAGGGAAACUUUGUCUGCUGGAAAGGGUCCAAGGGAUACUCGGCAUACACGUCCCUGUGCCCUCAUUACAGGUAUAAAAAAGUUUACAGGCAACACCCUGCUGUCUGUCACAGAACUAUAUGUCCAGAUCCGUGUGACUCUCAGCCCUGUCAGAAUGGGGGGACGUGUGUUUCUGAAGGACUGGAUAAAUACCGCUGCGAGUGUCCCGCCGGCUACGCCAAUGACCCCAAUUGUGCUCCCAUUCUGAGUUUCGACUGCUCCGUGGAUGUGCUUUUCCUGCUGGAGGGCUCCUCUGCUCUUACUCUGGAGGGUUUCUUGCGAUUCAAGUCCUUCCUGAAGCGUUUCAUGCAGGCCGUACUGAGCUCUGACACCCCUGUAAAAAUGGGGUUGGCCCAGUAUGGCAGUGACGUGAAGAUCGAGGCCAGAAUUGGGGAGCACAGAGACCCGGUGAAGCUGAUCCAGGCUGUUGAGGGGCUUCAGUAUCAUGGCGGGCAGACGAAAACCGGAAAUGCCCUUCGCUACAUCACACGCCACGGCUUCCAAAGCACACCUGUGUUCGCUGAUGUUCAGGACGACCUGCCACGGGUGGUGGUUCUGCUCACCGGGACGCCCUCAGCAGACCAUGUGGUGGAGCCAGCGAAGUACGCACGGGACAGGGAAAUCUUCAUCAUCGGUGUAGCGCCAGAAGGCAUGAGGGCUGAGAUAAACAACAUCACAGGGAACCCUCAGCGCACCAUCAUGUACCAGUCACCUGACAGAUUGAGCAGCAAGAUCCCAGAACUAAGAGCCAAAAUCUGCAGCGUCGACAACCAGGGUUGUCUGGGUCAAGCUCUGGACCUUGUGUUUGUUCUGGACGCCUCCAGUGGUGUCGGCAAGGAAAAUUUCAUUCACUUUCAGGAUUUUGUCCGGAGCACUUCAGUACAGUUUGACAUCAAUCGAGAUGUGGCUCAGGUUGGACUGGUGGUUUAUGGAAGGCGUCCAGUCACGGUCUUUGACUUGGACAAGUACGACUCGGGCUCUGCUGUGCUGAGGGCCGUGGGGGACGCCGCUUUUCUGGGUGGAAAGGCUUCUGUGGGUUCAGCCCUGCUCCAUGUGCUUUCCCAAAGCCUGACAGUGGGGAAAGGAGCACGUCCUGGAGUCAACAAGGCUGUGGUGGUGCUGACUGACGGAAUGGGUGUGGAGGACGCAGUGGUGCCCGCACAGAAGAUCCGUGAUAGCGGAGUGUCAAUAUUCAUGAUCGGCGUAGGGGACAUCCAGCAAGAGCUUCUUCUCCGCAUCUCCGGCUCUGAGGAUCACAUGAUCUCAGUGCCUUCAUAUGAUGACCUGAAAUACUCGGAGGAUGUGCUGGUACAGAUGGUGUGUUCAGAUGUGAAGAAGCCUGUUAACCUGUGCAGUCCAAACCCCUGUAUGAAUGAUGGCAUAUGUGUGAUGCUGAAUGGAAGUUACCGCUGUGAAUGCCGUGGCUGGAAGGGUCCACACUGCGAAACACGCGGCAGAGAGCAGCCAUCCAGGGGAGAUCUUCCUAAACCUGCAGGCCUGAGGCGACGCCAGCCCAAGACUGAGAAAGAGCUGCUGCAGCGCUAUAAAGAGCAGCGCAGGAGACACACGUCCAGAACACAGAUCAGAUAACGAUACACACACUUCAACAUGCAGACAGUGACUCGUCAAUGAGUUAGAAAUCAGCUUGCAAUUCACAUUGACUUCAAGGGUGUGUUCACACUUAUAGUGCGGUUCUUCUGGUCAAAAAAUUAAAAUGACAUUUAGUCCUGGUUCACUUAACUUGGAAUUGAGCUAGAUUCAUUUUUUCAGAUGUAUAUCCAUCCAUAUAUUUGAUGCGCACCAGUGUUGUUUACAUUACAUUAUUUAAGGUUGUUCUGUUCAUCAUUAAUCUUAAUAAUGCAAGAUAUGUCUGUUUCAGUGGCAUUCACAUAAUAGGAUGUACAAGUGAUGCUCAACACACAUGCAUUUCUUAGUUAAAUGAUUUUACAGUAACACUUUAGAGUAAUGGUCCAUUACUAAUGGUUCAUUAGUUAAUAUAUUUACAAACAUUAACUAAGUACAGAUGUCGCCACUGUGAAUGCGCAAGUGAAUGAACAUAACAUCACGCAAUGCUGCAUAUGAAAUGGUCUAACACAAGAACCAGUUAUGAAACAUAGUAAACAUACUGAACUGAUAUAGCAGCGCAAAGUAAAUUAAAUAGGCUAAUCAUGAUUAUCUUAUCAAUAGUAUCAUGAGUUUUUUAUGAUGGUUUGUUCACUGAAAACUACAGUUGUGGAUCAACUGCUAGGGGUUUGAAUGUUAUGUCAUUAGAAGCAUAAAAGUGAAUACCUCAAUAAAUAUAAAAUAAAAGGAAUUUCACCGCGAGCAAAUUAACUCCUGCAAACGCAUGUGAAAUAUUAUGCACGGGUUGUUUGAUUUGGAGGGCGUUCGUUCGCACUGGCCUGACAAUGGAAAAGCGGUUGUUCCUAUCGCCACCUGGUGGAAAUUGCAUAAAGGACAAAAAUGGAAAAGGCGACCUUUGCUGGUGCAGCACAUCGUGUGACUGCACAUGUCAAAUUGCAGCUUUACGCGUGAAGAAAUACACAUUCUCAGUGGCCACAUCUGUAUAAUUAAUCUUGUAAAGCAUUUAUUAAUUAUUAUUGUUCAACAUUAACAAAUCCGUUAUUAAAAUCCAAAGUCAUGCUUGUUAUCAUUAGUUAUUGCUCAGUGAGUUGACCUAACAUGAACUAACAUUAUUUAACUUAAAUACCAUUAAUUAACUUUAACAAAGAUGAAUAAAUACCAUAAUAAAUGUGUUAUUAAUCGUUUGUUCAUCUUAGUAAAUACAUUAAGUAAUGGGCCAUACUUUCAAAGUGUUUCCGAUUUUACUGUAAAUAAAAGGCUAAUAGUUUUUGUACAAAGAUAAAUGUAAUAGUAAGAGUUGGAGAUUAAAUGUAAUGACUUAUGUAUGACAUGUCAAUAGCACCUUCUUAGAUGUAUACAUUGUUAACUGGUGCAUGUGUGCAUCCGUGUGAGCAAUUUUUAUUUUUUUUUGCUACAGUAAGUGUGUUAAUUUCUUCCCAAAUGUGCAUAAGAUAUUGUGCAAUACAAGAAAAAUCUAGUGAAUACUAAUGAAUGUCCAUGACGUGUUAUAGUCUUAUUACAUCACAUAAAUAACAUUUCAAUAUUUACUGUAUAUACUACGUUCAUGAAAUGUACCAUUUAAAGGGAGAGUUUACCUAAAAAUCUUAAUUGUCAGUAAUUACAAACCCCUUAAAUCAUUUCAAACCCCUGAGACCUUUGACCUUUGGAACACAAAUUAAGACGUUUUACAUAAAAUCUAUCAGCUCUCUUGAUUCUUUAUAGAUUUCAAUGCUCUCAACUCAUUGAUCGUAGUCAAGAAAGGUACAAAAAACUGUCCAAAGUGUCCAUGUGUUUAUUCACUUUCAUGAAUGUGCACCCUAUAAUAACACAGAGGAAAAGAAACUGUUGAAUAGUCCUUUUUUAUGUGCACACAAGUUUUCUCAUAGCUUAUUUUAUUAUUAUAUAUUAAUAUAUAAUAUUUUAGUUGAACUACUGAAGGGAUGUGGUCUGUUUGAAGGAUAUGUUUUUUUGGUUUGUUUAUUUUUCUGGAUUAUGAAUCAGUCGGAACCACUGCUGUCUAUGCAGGAUGAGAGAGCUCUCAGGUUUCACCUAAAAUAUCUUAAUUUGUAUUCCGAAGAUGAAUGAUCGUCUCAGGGGUUUGAAACAACAUGAGUGUGAGUGCUAAUUACAUGAUUGUAAUUUUUCUGUGAACUAACCCAAUAAAUUAUGUAGAUUAUAUGCUAAUCCAUUCAAGAUAAUGAAAAAUCUGAUAAUGCUGAUCAUAGUAAACUGAUAUUUGUUGUGUUUUUGGAAGCAUAGUUGCUGAGAGUUUUUAUAAAACUCAUGCUCACUUGCUUCCCUUAUAUCUGCUAUAUGUUUUGUGUGUAAACUGCAUGCACCUCUACAUACGGGCAUAAUUAGCAUGCUUAGUUUAAAAGAGCAUCAUGUAUCAAAAACGAUUUAAAGAAUUAUCAAGAAUUAAUUUAUUGUGGAUAAUUAUCUGCAUCCCUAGAUUACACUAAAACAAAAGAACUACACUAACAGUUCAAUUGUACCAUAUACCAUUUUAAUAAUAACUUUAAAAUAACCUGCCAAGUGUGAGGACACCCCAGAAUGCAGAUCAGAAUGCAAGCUGAAACAAAGUUUUGUAUUUACUGCCUUAAAUGUGACUUUCGAUAUUCAUAGUCAGUCUUCAAGGGGAUUUUGAUGUUGCUUGAAUUGUGUAUUCAGCACUGAAGGCCUUUUAUGAACAUGCUUUCUGUCUGAGAUUAGGACCUGCUUGUGAUCUGCCAUUUGGAAAAAUCCUCCCGUUACAGAAAGCCUAACAUUAGAGAUAUUUAUUUUGUAUUACCUGUCUAUUUGUCUGUUGUAAAGCUAAUAAAUUCUUUUUCCAGAA